AGGCGGGACUUCCUCUGGUCCCCGGAAGAAGGUGGGCGCCUCUCUUCUAGCUGGUGCCAGGGCGGAGGCGGAGGCGCUUUGAAAGAAGCUUAAAUGAAAAUGGUACAUGUUAGAAGACAUGAAACGAGGUCAAAUUCUAAAACUCAAGUGCCUAAGCAAAAAUCUCAAGUUGAUUGGAGGCGGACCAAAAGAAAUAGUAUCACACAAUUAUUUGAUAGUGAUGAAGAGCUCAAUAGUGAUGAGGAGCUUGAUAGUGAUGAAAGUACUGACAGUGAUAAAGAGCUUGAUUGUCACAAGGGGCUUGAUGGUAAUAAAAUACCAGAAAGUGAAAGAGAGCUGAAAUUAAUCAAAGUUGAAAAUGGAGGAAGCAACAAUGAGCAACUUAUUAACACUGACAACAGUUCUGCAUAUGAAGAAGAAAUUAACAAAACCAAUCAUAGGACUAUUGACUUACUAGAUCAUGGAAAGCAUCUGAGUCCAGACGAUGAUGAUACCAACAAACACACUAGACAAAUCAUAGAGGAAGAUUUAGAAGAAGAACAAAUCAAACGAGGGAAAAGAAAAAGGACAUCUUCUAUAAUGUAUGACAGUGAUGACAGUGAUGACAGUGAUGUCUUAGUUAGAAAAGUAGGUGUUAAACGUCCACGUCGAGUGGUUGAAGAUGAGUGUUCUUCAGCGGAAAUGGAGCAGAAUAAUCCUGAAAAUUCAUUAGCUUCUCGAAAGAGAGAACAAUUCCAGAAGCUGAAGGAACUCUCAAAACAAAGAUCUCACCAGAGGUGCAAUAGUGGUAGAGAUUUUGAGGACUCUGAAAAAGAAUCUUGCCCAGGUAGUGAUGAAAGUGAGGAGGAAGAAGAUGAUUUUAAAUAUGAUGAAGAUGGAGAUGAUUAUAUUAUUGAUGACUUUGUAGUACAAGACGAGGAGGGUGAUGAAGAGAUUAAAAAUCAACAAGAAGAAAGUUUGACUUCCUCACAACUGAAAUUAAUAAAACAAAAUUCUCUUUAUUCUUUUAGUGACCACUAUACUCACUUUGAAAGAGUGGUAAAAGCUCUGCUGAUCAAUGCUUUAGAUGACUCUUUUCUGCAAACAUUGUAUGAUGGCACCAGGCAAAAAUCAUAUGCACAAGAUAUGUUGACAUCUCUUCACUAUUUGGAUAACCGCUUUGUUCAGCCCCGACUGGAGAAUUUAUCUUCUAGAAGCCGUUGGAGAGAGCAGUAUAAGGAGCGGGUAGAAAACUAUUCUAAUGUACUUAUCCAUUUGAAGAAUCCUGAAAACUGUUCUUGCCAGGCUUGUGGAUUGCAUCGCUACUGUAAAUAUUCAGUGCAUUUAUCAGGAAAGUUGUAUAACGUCAGAACUAUGGAAACUGAUGAUUUCAUGUCGCAUGAUAAACAGGUGUUUACUGUUGGCAGAAUUUGUGCUAAUCGAACCAGAAUUUACCAUAAACUGAAACAUUUUAAAUUUAAACUGUACCAGGAAUGUUGCUCCAUUGCAAAGACAGAAGAACUUAAGAAUGAACAAGUUAAAGAAACAGUGGAAAGAAUUUUCAGUCAGUACAAAGAAAGUGGCUGGAUUAAAGAGAAAUAUGGUCAACUCCAAGAAUAUCUCAAUUUUGCGGAUUACUUUCAAGAUGAGAAGUUUGAAUUAUAACACAUUUCUCCAAAGAAGAUUCUAUAAAUUCUUGUAAAUGUGAAGACCUUGAGUUUUGUUUCUACAUACCAUGUGGCAUAUUUAUGUAUUUUACAUGUAUAUUCAUGGAAAAAAUAUCUUGUUUGAAACCUCUGUCCAUCUAUAUUCCCAUGAAACAGCACUCUAUAAUCUAAUAAAACUUUUAUUUGACAUACAUGGAAGUUGUAAGCUUAGCAGUUUUUAAGUCCAUAAAUGUAUUUUAAAGGUAUCAGUGUCUUUAAUCAGUGACUGUCAAGUGAAUGAACUGUUCAUUCCUGUCAUUUUAAUAAAAACAUAUCAUAUUUUAAAAAUAUAUUUACAGAACAUCUAUAUGUAUUUAUUAUUUAGUCUCUGUCCAGGUUUGUUUAUUACCUCUGGCAGUAUUAAAGAUCUUCACUAAUAUAUGUUUGACUACUUUCUAGAUGAGUGGACCAUAGAAGAAACUUCAGGGUCCUCUUGAACUCAACCUCGUCUCAGAAUCAAACUUGGUUUAUCUAUUCUGAGUGGAAGAGGACUGCUUUAUUUCUUCUUCUUUUUUUUUUUUUGGUACUGGGGAUCAAACUCAGGUCCUUGCAUUUGCCAGGCAGGCGCUGGAACCACUGAGCUAAAGUUUCCCUAGCAAAUAGAUUUCUAGUCUAAAGUCAUUCAACCUUCAAAUUCACAAAAAAUUUGAUGAUAUGUAUUUCAUACUUUAUAAUAUUCUUUCUUUUACUGUUUACUUACUGUAUGUUAAUGAUGUGUUUUUUAUUCAUAACUUUUACCAUAUCUGUAUACAUUAGAGUCUGAAAAUCUCAAAAGACAAGCCCUUCCCCAAGCAUUUGAAAAGCAUAUUUUGAUA